AUGUGGAUUAAGGCAUUAGAUUUAUACACAGUCUACUUUGAUGAGCCUUCUCGAUAUGAGACAACUGGACCUCUCGGUCAUGGUGCCAAUUCUAAUGUCAGACUAGCUUAUAAAAUUAAAAACAAGAAUCAUAAUUUUAAUAACUCAAAAAAAGUAGCUAUUAAAUAGAUCAAGAAAAGGUCUAUUGCUGAGGACCCGAAAAUGGUUACUUAACUAAAAAAUGAGAUAUAGUCCCAAAGAAUUCUUGCAGGAUGUUCAAAUAUACUCUAACUUAAUAAGGUAUUUGAAUCUUAGAACAGCAUAUACCUUUUCUUUGAUUUUCAAGAAGGUGGUACAUUAUUAGACAUAAUAACCGAGAAGAACUCAUUAUAAGAGAAGGACUUGCAAAUAAUUAUGGGACAAAUAUUAUUAGUUGUGGACUUCAUGCACUCGCACAAUAUCGUUCAUAGGGAUUUAAAGUUGGACAAUAUCCUUGUUCGGUCAAAACAAGAGGGUUAAUAUGACAUAAGAAUUGCUGAUUUUGGAUUAAGUUGCCAGAUUUAGCAAGGUCAAAAGUUAACAGAUAUAUGUGGCACACCUUCAUAUAUUGCACCUGAGAUAUUAAAUAAUCAGCCUUACGAUAUAAAAUCUGAUAUAUUUGGGGUUGGUUCGAUCAUGUAUAACAUAAUGUCGGGAAGGUAUUUAUUUAAUGGAGACGAAAAAGAUAAUGUGCUAUACUAGAAUAAACUAUGUUUCUUAGGGAAUAUAUUCAAGUACUUAGGAUAGGUUAGUGAUGAAGCUCAGGAUUUAUUAUUAAAAUUAUUGGAGAAAAAUCCAGAGUAGAGGCUUUCAGCAAGGGAAGCCUUGCAGCAUCCAUGGUUUAAAACAGAUCGUUAGGCACUAAACGCUUGUUUGUUUCUAAACGAAUAGAUAAGUACAUCCUCUAUCAAUUAUUUCAAGCUGCCUAACAUGUCACAACCUAUAAUCAACCAGAAUUAAGGAUUUUCAUUUAAAAGUAUAACCUAGGGCAAUAGAAAUUUACAUGUUAGCAAAAAUUCUAUGAAAAUUAAUAAUUCAAAGAGUGGCUCUUUCAUGAGCUAUUUUGAUAUGAUUACCUCAAAUAGACAAGAUAAUAGUAACACGUUUAAGAAAAAUUAUGUCAAAGAAUACACAAGAAUUAGGAAAUAAAGCGAUAGCUCACCUCAAUAUGAAGAUAAAAAAUCAUUGGAUAGUUGUUAAAAUGUAUAAAAAAACUAAUCUAAUCUGUAGAUAAGAUUUUUUAAGGUACACCAACAGGAUUAUUUCAACGGGAACUAACAAAAGGAAGGUAAACGAAAUAGCAAUAUGAACUAAGACUCUUACCUAAUCAAUAAGAAUGUUAUAGAAUAAGGUCAUCUAUUGUCUUUGAUAGAAGAAAUUUCUGAUACAAAUGACGAAAAUAUUGAUAAAAUUCUAAGUGAUGCUUCAUCUCUUCCAGAGACAGAUUCCUUAAUAUUCUUGCCUUCUUUGGAAUAUUUAGCACAGUAGGGCUAUAUGUAUAAAGCUAACAAAGUUUAAGUAAAUAGAAUCUUUGAAUUACUUACUGAUUUAUGA